AUGACUGCACUCUGUUUACUUUGGAAGUGGCACCGCUGGUUCGGGAUCACGUUGAUUGGUUUUCUAGGAAUGUUGCACCCUGCUGAAUUUGUGCACUUGGUCCGAGCUGACCUUUUGCUGCCCUCUGACACCUUGGUGGAUUCAGAUUCAUUCAAUGUGCACAUCCGGCACCCUAACACUGCGCGGUUUGCGCGGAAGCAACAUUGCAAGAUCGAUGACCCCAUCGUGCUGCAAUUCAUCAUCAAAGUUUUUGCUAGGUUUAAAUCUGCUGAGCAACUGUUUCCUGGUGGGCCAUCUACAGUCGGAGGUGGGAUGUGA